AUGGCGGCCAUUCUUGAACUUUUGCUUCUUCAAGAAAUUUCACCUUCAACUUCAUUUUCCUGGCUUUUGAACAGGUUGGAUGAGAAUGACAAAAUCCCACCAUUACUGAAAGAACAGAAGCAAUUAAAAGGAGAGUUUGUUCCAUAUUUCUUGAAUUAUUUACGAGACCAGAGUCUUCAUCUCUUACAAAACAGCAAAUCAACAACAGUCACCCCAGCAAAGACUCCAGUCGGGAAGAGAUUAAAAGAAGUCCCAAGACAAAGUACACCAAUACAAAACCAAGGACGUGGAAAGCAACUUUUCCCAAACACAAAUCAACAUGACAUUUCAUCAUCUUCUAUUGAUUCGCCUAAUUUAUAUGGAAGCUCAUCUAAAGGCAAUGGCCGACAUAACAAUAAACAAACUCACACAAAUGAUGGCCAGAAUAAACCCGAUGGGUCAUUCAAAUAUGAACAGCGAUCCAGACAGCGGUCGUCCCUUGGUGAGUUCUUUAGAACACCAGAAAUUGAGCGUAGAAAGAAAAAAUCUCCUAGUCCAAAUAACCAGAAUUUCAAGGAUGAUGAUUCACCUGUGUUAAACAAUCGUAGAUCUACUGGUAAAGGCAGUGGUCCUACAAAAUCUCCAUGUGCAACAGUACCUCCACCUGUGUUCAACCUGACUAUGGAAGAGUUCCCAUCUCUGGGUGGAGGAAAGUCAAAUGAUGCCAGUAUUCAAGCUCAGAUGGGACCAUUGAGCCCAGUAGAUGAAGAGACGAGUGGGGCAAGCACUACAUCUACCACACAGAGCUCUUGCAAUAACAUUAACCCAGCCAACACUCUCAAUAUAAAACCUAAACACAAUGGAAUUAAAGAUAACACUGAAAACGAAGUACCUAGUUGUAAAACAAAGGAUUGGGACUCAAACCAGCGUCUUAUAUCACCAGGGGGAACUUUCCUACAAGGAAAGAAAUCAAAUGACUAUGUGUAUACUUUAACUGGAGAUAUUCAAAAACUAUCACCAAAAUCGCCGAAUAAGAACAAGAAGGGUAAAAAUAAGAGAGCAAAGUCUCCGUUAGUUUCAGUACUGGACACAAAACCUCAACCAACGAGUGCUGUAAUAAAACGACUGAGUCUUAAUAAACCGUCAUUACCUGACGAAUCUAAAUCUGACACGUAUAGUACAGUUAACCAGAAACCAACAAAGAAGUCGGACAAACCAAAACGAAUGGCUUUUACUACUUUAGAAAAAUAUGAACCAAAUACAGAACCAACCAAUACAAAAUCAGACUCCAAAAGAAUUGGCUUCACAACCAUUGAAAAGUAUGAAACCCAGAAUACUGGCAAGUCAAGUGAAUUUUCCAAAAGGCGAAUUAUUCCUACAAUGAUUGAGCCUCCGAGUGAUAAAAAUGCUUCUAAAUCUCAAUUAAUUGGUGGAUUAUCAUCAUCAUCAAAUACAGGUUCGGCCAAGUUUGUUUGUGCUACAGAGAAGACUAGUGGAGUUGAGGGGGAUAUAGAGGCUGAGAGAGAGCUCCUCAGACAAGAAAGAACCAGACGAGAAAGUGAAAGUGGAGGUCCACUUCCAACUCCAACAAAAACCCCAACAAAAGGACAGCUUGAUCGACUCUUUAGUGUGGAUGUUGUAAAAGCAGACCAUGAGGAAGUGACAUCUAAAAAGGAACUUGAUAUUCUUGUGGAAGUCUACUGUGGUUGUAUAAACAAUCAUUUGGUGCCAAACCUGACUGUAGAGCUUUAUUUUGUGAUUCAACUGUUGACAGCAAGACAUGGGGAGAUGGAACUGAGUAUAGAUAGCAUGGCAGAUAUAGAUGAGGUUAAUUACCUGGGGUCUGUCCACAAUGCUGUCUACUUUGCUGUUGCAGUCCUUGAGAGACAGGAGAGAUUUCUGUCUCUCAUGGAUAGAGGUACUUUGCGUUUAUUAGCAGAUAAUCCCAGAGUUACUGAGUUCUCCCAAGACCUGCAGAAUAAACUCACUGUGUUUUAUAGCAACACAAAAGCAGAAGUGAGCCAGAAUGUGUUUGCAUCACCAGUUGCUGCCGUGUCCUUCCAGGUAGAAACAGACAACAGGAAGAAUUUCCCCUCAGAUAAAUCAUUCCACACAUUUAAGAAGCAAAGGGAUACAUUCUAUGAACUACUACGUGAGUGGGAGGAGAAGCACACGAGUCCUGGGUGGUCUAUAGCAACUGCAAUGGCCCCAAGAGUCCAGUCUCUAGUCAAUGCAAGCAUGGACCUUGUUAAUCAUAUGCAUUUUGCCAGAUUGUUUCAAUCACAGCUCAUAGCAACUUGUAAAGAUGAUUCAGGAUUUAAACAACAAGGCGACGAUGGAAAUAUUUCUCUAUUGGCUCAGCUGAAGCAGACUAACCCUGAAAAGUUCAAAAGAUUACAAGAGAGGUUCAUCACCCCAUCAUCCAGUGGUGGCCCAUGUCCCCAACCAAGUUUUUCAGGAUCGCAGGAAUUUUUCCGUGAUUUUAUCCUUACUGCUUGCUGUGCAACAUUUAAUCAACACCUACUUGAUAGCUUGAAUGCUAAGAUUAUUGAGUUGAAUUCUGUGCAGUAUGAAUGUUUGGAUCAAGAAUCUGAGGAUGGGACAGGGCUGAACCAGGAGGAGUUAGAGUCGUUUGGUACAAGCCUGUUGAUGCUACGUUUACUCGGCAAAUUCUCUGGCUUUGUCACAUUCAUGCCAUACCAGACACCUGAUAGACCCCCUGAUAGUGUUGAGAAGUCAUACAUACUCCUGAGGAAUAAGACAACCCCUAGCCUGGACAUAGAAGAGAUGAUACAAUGUGCAAUAAGAGAUGAAAGAUUGAUGGUGACCAUACCAUGGGUAGUGGAGUAUCUAAGUAUGUUGGAUCCUGUAGCUCCUCAGCUACAAUACUACACAUGGGUUCUUUUACUGUUGGUGCAAAUACAUAGAAUGAGCAGUGGGAAAUCAGGAACAAAUUGGCUAAUGGUCUCUCUUGUGUUAGGAUGGCUGUUUGAGACACAUAUCUUCCCAGAUGGUUUAUUCUUCACUGCCAGUGGAGAGUGUGCUAAUACUGACCUAGCUGCUCCUACAAGCUCUCAUACUGGUCUGGAUAACCUUCCCUUGGUCACUCAGGAUCUUCUACAUUCGUGUUGUCCAUACCUAGGUGAGAUCAGGUCACUACUUGUUGAGUUUGCAGUAGGGAUGAGUGGUAACAGUAAUACAGUGAGGAAAAUCACUCCUAUAACUGCUGAGACACCACUGCCAACUGUAGUCACACAGAAACAAUUACAGCUUCAAUUAGAAGAGAAUUUCUUCCACAAUCAUCCAGCUUCCAUGAAAAGAACAGUUGAAUUUGUGGCAGAUCGAAUAUCUUCCAACUAUAUCAAGAGGUUCAGAUCAGGGAAACUGCCACAGUUAAUAAAGGAAGCUACUGGCAAAGUGAGACCACUUAUGCAAGAAAUGUCACAAAUUUCACCAGACCGUAGAGCUAAGGACAAAUUGAUCAGCCAUGUGAAGGAGUGUGGCAGGUUGAUAGCAGAAAAGGGACGUUCAACUGCUAUUGAGUUGUCAAACAGUUACUGUGAUAAGAAGGUGUCGGAUACUCUGUCAAUGUUACUUCCUGAGGAAACGACAUCAUUUGUCGUUGCUAUGACAUCUAAGAUCUCUAGUCGAUUAGCUGUAGAGCGAGUGUCACAAUGGAUGAACACUUACAUCACUACUGCUAUGUUCACUAAAGAAAUGAACUCUGAAUAUGAAAAGGUACUGAAAUCUCAAAAGUUCUGGCCACUUUCUGGCUGUGGUGAGGAUGAAAACCCCAAAGUACAGAAAAACUUCAUAGAUGGCAGCAGUGCUUCUGAACAUGAUGAACGUGUCACAAGCCCCUCAGAAUUGCUGACUCAUGUAAAGAAUGUGCUGCUUGAUUUGACUCAAGGCCAGGGGGAUGAAAUGGAAGUACACAAAGCUGUUGAUCUGAUACGUGAGGUGCUGGAGAAACGUCAGGAUAUCAUGCAUAUGGUAUUGAAAUGUAUUGGAAAUCUAUCUCUGCAGCUGGCCGUUGAAUUAGUGAGAUCAUACCCUGACAUCUACAAUGAGUCCCUACAGAGACAGUUUAUGAAGCUAUGGAGAGGUCCUUUGAAUAACGUCCUGUCGUUUGAUAGUAUUCUCUCAAAGUCAUCCAUCUCGACCAUCACACAUUCUGAGACACGGGAGAAAUGCAGAGUUAAUCUUGAAUUGCUGUUAGCAGAACUUGUAGAAUCUCAGUUGAUUACAAGUGCCCAGCUUGAGACUAUGGCUAGUACCUUAUUGGAGAAAACAUUGAGCAAUGAAAAACAGGAAUGUGUCACAAGAAUUGUAUGCAGCAUAGCGAAUAUGUGUCAUAAAACAAAUACAGACCAAGAAAAACAUCAAAAGUCUUGUAAUUCUAUACAAGAAAAUGGAGAAAUUAUUUCUUGAAACUGAAUCAAGGAGAACUUGGUAUUGCUUUGUGUAUGUGUAUUCUAUGAUUAUGAAAAUAACUUUUUAAAAGUUCAAUUCAGUGCUGCUGAUUGACAAUUAGGAGCAAACCAUACAAUCUAUAGACUUGCAGUCACUUGUAAAACUUAAGUUGGCAAUUAACAAAAUCCAUACAGCUUAAAAUGGAGUGUGGACUUCUAUAACAGACUGACUGGGAAACUGGGAAAUGAGGAUAUUAUUUUGUUAAAUGCAUCUUCGAAAGAGAGUAGAUACUGAUAAAUAUUCAUUUGUUGUGUCACCACCACAAUUGGUGAC